GACCGAUCUCCGUUCCGAUGGAGCAGGAAGAGGAGAUCCUAACGCAUGUGGCCAAAGUGGUCAGGGCCCUGAUCACGUCCGCCAAGCCUCCGGUCGAAUUGAAGUCCAUCUGCAGGGAUUACGUGGCUAUCGAGGGUGAGCAGAUGCCCUUCCGCAAACUGGGCUACUCGAAUCCCCAGGAAUUGCUUCAGGACACCGAAGAGUUCAACUUUAACAGUUACGGCAAUCAGGUAUUCAUCAGUGCUAAAUAUAACGCCAAGACUGAGCACAUUGCGCGUAUGGUGCGCCAGCAGAAGACCAGCAAAUCGAAGUCAAUCACAAAACCAUCGGCAGCUGCCCAGCGAGCAGUCAGUCAGAAGUCCAACUACGCCAAUAGCUACCAAAACAAGAGCAACUACAACCAGCAGAAAUAUCAGCAGCCUCAGCAGCGCUAUUACCAACAGCCACAGUACUGGAAUCACCAGCAGCAGCAACAGAGUUACCAGCAGCGACCUCAGCAGUACUAUCAACCAGCCCAGCAACAACAGUACCAUCAAGGAUCCCAGCAAGAACGGUGGGAUCACGACUUUUACUGGCACCAGCAGCAGCAGCGACAGCAACAGCUGGAGGCAGAGGAGACGCAGCGGAACCGGCAAAAAGCUGCAGAGCUGGAGGCGCAGCUCAAGCGGGAUAGAGAGAUUAGGGAAAACGCUGAACGUGUGAGGCUGGCAAAGGUCAAGCGAGAGCAGGAACUAAAGGAAGCAGCUGCUGAACGCGAGAAGCAGGAGAAGGCCAAGCGAGAGUCUGCUGAACGCGAGCAGCAGGCGAGGGCCAAGCGAGACCAGGAGCUAAAGGACUGCAUUGAGCAGGAACUGAGGGCCAAGAUCAAUCAGGAUUGGCAGAGCAGGCAGCAAGAGUUUCAGGCACAGCUUGAGGAGCAGCUGCAGGCGUUGAAGAGGCAGCACGAGCAGGACCUCAAAAAGCGAGAGGAGGACUUGGAAAGUCUAAGGAAGGAGUUCCAGAGAAAGGAGCAAAGGGAGAAACUUAGGGAAGCCGAGAGUCGGGAGCAGCAGGAACGCGAGGAGAAGGAGAGAAGGGAGAGAAAGGAACGCGAGGAGCAGGAGAAGAAGGAAAGGAAGGAACGCGAGGAGAAGGAGAUAAGCGAAAGGAAAGAUUCCGAGGAGUUACUGCAGGAUCUGGCUCAGCCGGCGACCAUGCGAGCAGCGAAGUUGGAUCAGGAGAAGAUCCUAGUGACGAUUGCAAACGACAAGGCGCCCGCCAUGAAUGGACACGGUCAGAACCAUGCCAAAUCCAACGGACAUGGCAAACCGCCACUGCGUGCCAUCCUGGGUAAUAGUGCACCGCAGCAGCGCCAACAAGAAGCAAGCAGCGUUUUCAACAGCCCUGAAUCCAACUACAGGCGGCCGCUGCAUCCCCGCGUAAUGCAUCCCGGACAGGUGCGCUCUACGGGCAGCUCUGUGAAUCAUAGACUGAAAGUGACGCCGCAAUUGAAUGCUCCAACGCCAGCGGGAGCGCCCAUUACGCCACCGGCAUCGCCGGAGAAUGCUCAAACGAAACCAGCUGCCAAAGCAACGCCCAAGGAUGAUGUUCUAAGAGUGCAGGGAUCCCAAGUGCAGCCAGUCAAAGCCAAUUCCACUCCGAAAGCCAAGGUGUCGCUUAAACUCGACUCUUCCUUCGAUGCCGUUUCCUCGCUGAAUCUCUAUUGCGAGGAGAAUGACUUUGAGAAACCCACAUUUAAUAUAUUCAACAAGCCGCCUUACCUGCACUGUUCCGUGCGGAUCGCUGGCGAUGUGUACAGCAGCUAUCCGCAGGAGUUCUCCGAUGCGGAGACUGCCUACCAGCGCACAGCCCAGAUCGCCAUUCAGCGCAUCCAGCACGCCGAGUCGCACCAAAAGCUCACCGUCUGCACGCUCAGCGAUGAGGAGUUCAUCGACGGCCUGUACAAGGAGCUGUUGAAGUACCCGCACGGCAUACUGGGCCACAAGCUGGAGGAUUGGUACGGCCGAACCUUCCGGCAGCAUUUGCCCAGCCAUUGGUACGAUCUGAUCAUUGAGUCGAACCAAAUUCGCGUGGAGCACGGCAUCGAUCCGAGGAUAAUACUGUUUGCCAACGAGCCCGGAUCCCCGCAACCGAUUCGCAUCAAUACGAGCAGCAUUCUGCCGCAAUUGGAGCUGCCCUGGCAGCCGAACGAGAGUGGAUCGCACGACUGGAACAUGUUCAUCAGCCACUGCGACUCCACCAAGCGGGUGUGGGCCCGACUGAUCGAUCAGAUAGCCAACUUUGAGGAGCUGACGAAGCACAUGGGCCGGCAAAUGGAAGCUCCACUCUUCCGACAGAAGGUGCCCAAGCCUCAGGUGCAGGAAAUCUAUCUGGUUGAGAUCCCCGACGGCUGGAACCGGGUGCGGGUGAUCGCCGUGAACGAGGAGCAGCGUUCGUGCCGCUGUCACUUUGUGGACUUUGGCGAUGUGUCGCUGUUUGACUUUGAGGAGCUAUUCCAGUGCCCGCCGCAAUUCAAGGUGCUGCCGGCGCAGGCCAUUUGCCUGAGCAUGUACGCGUUGGACAAGUUCGAGGAUCAUCCGCACGCCCAGCAGGUGCUGACGAAGGAGCUGGACAACCAGACGGUUGUGGCCCAUGUGCUGACCACCGAGAAGCAGUUCGUGGAACUCGGAGGCGCAGCGCAGGGGGUGGAAGAGAAUGGCAAGCGUCGCGCCUGUUUGGUGGCCACGUUGUACGACACCUCAACUGCGGAGGACAUUCACUUAAACGAUCUGGUCGCCAGCAGGAUCACAAAGUGCACGCCGGCACCUUCGCUGAGUGACGAGAAGAAGAUCGGCAAGACCACUCCCAUUCUUGUGUCCCACAUCAACGAGGAUGGCGAUCUGAUGGUGCUGCUGCGCAACGAUGAUCUUAAGUUUGUGGAGCGAAGCAUCGCGCAAACAGUUGCUGAUCUGGGCGAGCAGGAUCGAGUGAGCUACUCCGAUCUGCUUCACGACCGUCAUGUCUUCGUGUGCGAUGAGUCCGUUGAAGGACUGAAGCAGUGGUUCCGCGGGCGAUUGGUCAGCAGACCUAAAAACCCAGAGGAGGAGACCUUCGACGUCUACUACGUGGACGACGGACGGCAGCGCAAGACGCACAUCUCCAAUAUUUACCGACUGGAAGCCAACAACAGGGCGCUGGCAACGUUCCCGCCGCAGGCACUGCCCGUUCGCCUGCACGACGUUCCCGAAAUUGCGGGUCAGAUGCUGGGACGCCUUCGUGGAUUGAUGCCGCCGCGCAGCGAGGCUCUGCUCAAGGUUGUGGCAAAGGAUGGAGCGAAGCCCUUGGUCAACGUGUUUAUUCGCGGCCAGGAUCCCGAGUCCAUGUACAUGUGCGUGAAUAUCGGGCUUCGUCUGGAAUUCGAGAUGGCCAGCUCCAAUCAGCCGGAGAAGUGCGACUAUAUGCUCCUGAGUUCCAACGCCCAGCAGCUGCCCAGACGCGGCAGCUUUAGCUCCGUCGUCUCCAGUCAGAGCAGCAGCAGCGACCUGGUCGCUCUCACUCCGCCGGUGACGCCACAGAAGGCGGCGACUGCAAGAUCGGGAGCCACCCCCUUCUCGUCGCUCAUGCUCAAGGAUUACGAGGCCAUUCCAGCGGUGGGCGCCUAUUUCGAGGUGCGCGUAUCGCUCUCCAUCAAUCCCGGUCACUUUGCGGUGCAACCUUAUAAAUGCUACAACCAGCUGCAGACUUUGAUGAAGGAUCUGCAGGAGCAUUGCAAAGGACCUGCUGCCAAGGCAGUUCAGCCCUCGCAACUGGCAAUUGGAGAGGCCUACGCAGCUCCCGACAGCGACGGCGUCUAUCAUCGCGUAAGUAUUCGCAAGAUUUACGAUGAGAUUAUACACGUGCGUUUCGUGGACGUGGGCGACGACGGAGUGGUUGCCUGCGAUCAACUGAAAACCCUGCAACCGGAUUUGAGAAAGCUGCCCAAGAUGGCACUGCCAGCCCAGUUAUAUGGCAUUAAACUGACCGACGUUGUCUGGAGCAAGGAUACCUGCGUCCGAUUCCGCGAGAUGACGCUGGGUCAAAAGUUCAUCGGAAUCGUGCGACGCAUGCACAAACAGAGAGACGAAACGCGGGCACUGGGCCUGGAGCUAGUGGACGUUUCCACGCCGAAGGAUAUUAAGCUGCACGAGAUUCUCGUCGAGGAGGAGCACGCACAGCCGGAAACGAAGGAAGUCUGAAAUGG